GGCUGCUCGAUACCUCAGGUCCUCUUCCUCUCAUCUUAGUCUCUUUGGCGCCUCGUUGGCUUUCCGCUUCUCCAGAACUUCGUAGAAGCGUGAGACCACGAUCAAUUCCUUAAUCGCGGAAUAACUGGAUCACGUGAUCCCUACAGGGGGCUCUCAAACUAAAAACAGGUGGUAGCUGCAUGGAGUCCAUUUGCUUUUCCGGAAAGCCUUUACUUUCUUCACACUAUUUUCACAGAGACAGGCAACGCCAUGUGAUUACUGUUGCAACAAGUAGCACAUCAGUUUCUGCAGAGCCAUCAAAUGAAGAUCUGGUACAAGUUGGUUCCUCAGAUAAAGCCAUUAGUGGAGAUGAAAUACGUCAACGUUUCCUCAGAUUUUAUGCUUCAAGAGGCCAUAAGAUAAUCCCUAGUUCUUCACUUGUCCCUGAUGAUCCUUCAGUAUUGCUGACCAUAGCUGGAAUGCUUCAGUUUAAACCUAUAUUCCUUGGGAAGGAACCUAGGCCAGUACCAUGCGCUGCAACUGCUCAAAGAUGCAUACGUACGAAUGACAUAGAAAAUGUUGGACGGACAGCUAGGCAUCAUACCUUUUUUGAGAUGCUCGGUAACUUUAGUUUUGGCUGUUACUUCAAAAAAGAGGCAAUUAUUUGGGCAUGGGAACUUAUUACUAAAGAGUUUGGUUUACCUUUGGAGAGAUUGUGGGUUAGUAUUUUUGAAGAUGACGACGAUGCCUUCAACAUAUGGUGUAGAGAUGUUGGUGUUCCUAAAGAGCGCAUCAAGAGGAUGGGCGAAGAUGACAACUUCUGGACAAGCGGGGUCACUGGACCUUGUGGCCCAUGCUCUGAAAUUUAUUAUGAUUUCCAUCCUGAUAAAGGAUAUGUGGAUGCUGAUUUAGGAGAUGGUAGCAGGUUUAUAGAGUUAUACAAUCUGGUCUUUAUGCAAUAUAACAAGAAGGAUGAUCGAUCACUUGAACCAUUAAGACAGAAGAAUAUAGAUACUGGUAUGGGACUCGAGCGUAUGGCACAAAUUCUUCAAAAGGUCCCAAACAACUAUGAGACUGAUCUGAUUUUCCCAAUUAUAGAGAAAGCAUCAAACUUGGCCAUGAUUUCCUAUUCCACUGCAGAUGAUGUUACGAAGGCUAAUCUCAAAAUUAUUGGAGAUCAUAUGCGUGCUGUUGUUUAUCUCAUAUCAGAUGGGGUUGUGCCAUCAAACGUUGGAAGAGGCUAUGUUGUUAGAAGACUGAUAAGAAGGGUUGUUCGAAUUGGCAAGUUGCUUGGUAUAAAAGGUGAUGUCGAGGGGAACAUUGAAGGAGCAUUUUUGCCACUACUAGCUAUGAAAGUGAUUGAACUUAGCGCAAAUAUCGACCCGGAUGUGAAGGUAAGAAUGCCACGAAUUCUUGAGGAGCUCAAACGGGAAGAGAUAAGAUUUCUGCAGACUCUGGAGAGAGGAGAAAAGUUAUUGGAACAAUUUCUGGAGAAUGCUUUAUUAAGUAGUGGUGCUAAUGGAGAUAAACCUUCUUUAUCUGGAAAAGAUGUAUUUCUUUUGUAUGAUACAUAUGGUUUUCCGGUAGAGAUAACAGCUGAAGUUGCUGGAGAGCAUGGUGUUAAUUUAGAUUUGGAGGGGUUUGAAGUUGAAAGGGAAAACCAAAGGCGUCAGUCUCAGGCUGCUCAUAAUGUGGUUAAGCUCACUGUUGGAACUGAAACAGAAUUUUCUGAAAGUAUUCCCGACACUGAAUUUUUAGGAUACAGCACUCUUUUUGCAAGUGCUGUUGUCAAAGGUAUUUUAGUGAAUGGAAACCCAGUAGCACAAGUUUCUGAAGGUUGUGAGGUAGAAAUUGUGUUGAAUAGGACACCUUUUUAUGCCGAAUCUGGCGGUCAGAUUGGGGACAAUGGGUUCUUGUAUUGCUCAAGUGAUGAAGUUGGCAGAAAGAAAACAGUUGUAGAAAUCAAGGAUGUCAAGAAGUCCCUUGGGGGCAUUUUUGUUCAUAAAGGAACCAUAGAAGAAGGUACAGUGGAGAUUGGCUCUGAAGUGGAUGCUGUAGUUGAUGCAAACUUGAGGCAAAAGGCUAGAGUGCACCAUACCGCCACACAUCUGCUACAAUCAGCUCUUAAAAAAGUCAUUGGUUCAGAGACUUCACAAGCUGGGUCAUUGGUGGCUUUUGAUCGUCUUCGCUUUGAUUUCAACUUCUAUCGGCCACUCUUAGAGCACGAAGUUCUGGAAAUCGAAAACUUGAUAAACAAGUGGAUUGGAGAUGCUACUAAUCUUCAAACUAUGGUCAUGCCAUUGUCAGAGGCCAAAAGAGUUGGUGCAAUUGCAAUGUUCGGUGAAAAGUAUGGAGAACAGGUCAGAGUAGUAGAUGUCCCAGGAGUCUCAAUGGAGCUUUGUGGUGGAACACACGUUACCAAUACUUCCGAAAUCCGUGGCUUUAAAAUAAUUUCUGAGCAGGGUAUUGCUUCCGGAAUCCGGCGUAUCGAAGCUGUUGCCGGUGAAGCCUUUAUCGAAUAUGUUAAUGCACGUGAUAGCUACUUGGGAAACUUAUGUUCUAUGCUCAAAGUAAGAGCAGAAGAUGUUGCUGCUCGAGUGGAAAGCAUCUUGGAUGAGCUAAGAGCAUCGAGGAAUGAGGUUUCGACACUCCAAAACAAAUUGGCGAUGCUGAAAGCAUCUGCUGCCAAGGAGAAGGCCAUCACUGUCGGAACAUCUAAUAUCAGAUUUAUCAUCGAGAACAUGGGCGACACGGACUUUGAUGCGCUUAAGAGUGCAGCUGAGUUCCUGAUUGAUUCGCUGCAAGAUCCUGCAGCUGUGGUUUUGGGGUCAUGCCCGGGCGAAGGGAAGGUGAGUUUGGUUGCAGCAUUUAGUCCUGGUAUUAUUGGGAUUGGACUCCAUGCUGGGAAAUUCAUAGGAAGCAUAGCUAAGAUUUGCGGAGGCGGCGGAGGUGGAAGGCCUAACUUCGCUCAGGCAGGUGGAAAGAAACCUGAGAAUUUGCCGGAUGCGCUCGAGAAAGCUCGAUCAGAGCUCAUCGCUGCUUUCACUGAUAUGAAAUAGGUGAAAUUUGGAGUAAAGUUGCAAUUCAACUUAUCUUGCAUUAUUGUUCAUGAUGUCCUGAAGAUUUAUGUGGUUUCAAAGUUAUUGCUCAGUGUAACAUAUAUAAAAUAUAGUAUAAUAUCAUAUUACCCAUAGUUUGUGUACAU